GCGGCCGGAAGCACAAUAGCAACAAGCAUCGUGGCACAGUAUCUUCUAUCAUUGGCGUCUCCUACGAAGCUACAGCGGUUCCUCACUUGUUCUCGUCGCAUCGUUCCUGUUUGCAGCCUCACUCCCCCUAAACGCUCACCAACCAACUCUCCAAGAUGGCUACCCCGCCCGUGCCCUUCAACCGACUCAAGCAGAUCGCCACAGAUGUGUGCAACAACGCCAUCGGCAGUGCGGAAUUCUACGACCACGCAAAGACGGAGCAAUGGAACUCAACCAUCAUUAGCUCAAUGCUAAAGGCGCUCAUCUCCGAGGCCACUCCUCAAGGCCCCAAUGGCGCCCCCUCAUACAAGUUUGCUUGCAACAGCACCAUUGUCCAGCACCUGGUCCCCACGUCCGCGCUGAACAAGUCCCGCGGUGGCACCGACACCAAGUCCGAGGAGCCUCAUGUGUCGACGAGCACGGAAGCCACCGCUACGGACGGCAAGCCACAUGUCGGCAGACGAGGAAUGCACAGCGCAACUGGCGCAUACUGGGACGAGAAGAAGGACGGCAUGUGGACCUUCAAGUUUGACGGAGGCGAGGGCAAGGGCAUGGACGUGGUUAUCAUGCUGAUUUGGAUCGCUGUUUGAAGAGGGGAGAAGAAGGAGGAGAGAGAGGACAAGUGAUGGACCAAGUCUCUCGUCCACAUCUCGAUGGAACAAGCAUUGGCUUUUGGAUGAUGAGCAUCUGGCGAGUCAGGUCUGGGCCAAUUGCACUUGUAUAGACGUGUGGUGGUUUAGGAGAACCAAUUCUGCUGCCAUGUGUUCGUCUGUGAUGUGCUCCUUUGCUGGAAUACUUGCAUAUCGAGCGACGGGAUGCUGCGACGGGAUGAGCAACUAAACAUAGCAUGGAAGAACAAGCUAAGGAUACCUAUGGAGUCGAUUGUCAUUUAAGCUUAUUAAUCUUUUUUUUUACACUUUAACACAAUUAUUCAAUGUUGGCAUUUUGUCCAAGCUGUCUGCUAA